AUGACCGAGUCGCUCCAAGUUAUCGCGCUCAUUUCAGGCGGCAAGGACAGCUUCUUUUCACUUCUGCACUGCAUCCGGAAUGGGCAUCAAGUCGUCGCCCUAGGAAAUCUCUACCCAGCUCCUCCAGCUCCCACGCCGCGCCGUCCCGAUGCCGCCAAUCAUGGCGGGGACAGUGAGGAUGAGCAAGACCUGAAUAGUUUCAUGUAUCAGACUGUUGGCCAUACGGUGAUUCCUCUGUAUGAGCAGGCUCUGGGCAUUCCGUUGUACAGGCAGCAGAUUCUUGGUAGUGCGGUGCAGACGGGCACCAGUUACGGGUAUGCCGAUGUCAAUACCGCUAAGGCGAGGAGAGAAGGUGAUGUGGGGUCUUUGAUGCAGGACUCGGGUGUCGAAGACGAGGAGCAGGAUGAGACUGAAUCGUUGGUUCCUCUCUUGAAGAGGAUCAUGGCAGAACACCCCACCGCAAAUGCCCUCAGCACCGGUGCUAUCCUGUCGACCUACCAGCGCACCCGCGUGGAAUCCGUAGCCAUUCGUCUGGGUCUGACUCCUCUAUCCUACCUUUGGCAAUAUCCAGUGCUGCCACCAGUGACGCAGAUCUCUCUCCUGGAAGACAUGCAAGCUAUUGGCCUUGAUGCCAGGAUCGUGAAAGUUGCAAGUGGUGGCCUAGAUGAGAGUUUCCUCUGGCAAAAUGUAGCGAAUCAGCAGGUCAUGCGGCGAAUCGAAAAAUCUAUGAAGAGAUUUGGAACCAAUGGAGAUGGGGCUGUGCUUGGUGAGGGAGGGGAGUUUGAGACGUUGGUUGUGGAUGGACCAGCGAGUCUGUUUAAGGGUAGGAUUGUGGUUGAGGAGAAGGAUAGAAAGAUCGUGAGAGAGGGUGGUGGAUCUGCUUGGUUAAAGAUCAUGGAUGCAAGAGUGGUAAUGAAAGAAUUAGAAGUGGUUGAGGAAUCUCGAUGUCGGACUCCUGAAUUACUCGAGUCAGGAUUCACCCGUAUUCUUGCCUCACUUGACGAGGUCAAUAAAAGGAUUCUCUCACAAGAUUCCGGCAGUUCAACCACGAAUUCAGAGCCAAAAUAUGUUCCACAUCCACACGUACCUACGCAGGAAGCCAAAUCUAAUGGUUUGACUCACUGGACAGUUACUGCAAAUCAAUCAGAUAACAAAGCGUCCAUUUCAUUCCAAGCCAGCAAGGCAGUCGAGGAGAUAAGACACCUUCUCCACCAAGCAUCACUACAAUCAACAGACAUCAUCUCAACAGUCAUCAUUCUCCGAUCAAUGCAAGACUUCGCCUCUAUCAACAAAGUCUAUGGUUCUCUCUUCACUAAACCGAACCCACCGGCUCGAGUGACCAUCUCGAGCGGAAAUAUCCUCCCAUCAUCUCUCUCCAUGAUAAUCCACCUCACCAUUCAGAACCACUCGUGUCCACCAAUUCUACGCAAAGCACUCCACGUUCAGUCACGCUCCUACUGGGCACCAGCCAACAUCGGUCCUUACUCACAAGCAAUAUCCGUCACUCUUCCCUCUUCAGGCAACUCGCAACCGUCAAGUCUCGUCUCGAUAGCAGGCCAGAUCCCACUCAUCCCACACACGAUGAACUUACCUCAUCAACAGAAUCAAGAUUCCGAGGAGAACUUCAACCUCCAAGCCGUUCUCUCCCUCCAACACCUCGUCCGCAUCGCCCGCGAGAUGCACGUCUCCUGGCUCACCAGCUGUGUAGCCUACCUCCCCACCAGCACAAACUCUCUCGUCUCUCAAAGAUCCCGCAUUCUAAGUGAAGCAUGGUCACUUCUACACCAAGCACCCACUGAUCACGAAGAUGAUAACGAAGACGAAGAGGCAGAUGAUCAACCUCGCGAUCUCUGGGAAGAGAAGCAUUACGCUGGAAUGGAAGUCCGUGGCGCCGCCAAAGACGAGAGGGCGUAUCCUGCAUGGGAUAACGUGGAUAUGAGUUCAUGUGCGGGAAAGGAUGUUUGUCCGCCGUUCUGGACUGCUGAGGUGGAAGAGCUGCCACGGGGGAGUAUGGUUGAGUGGGCUGCCGGGGUGGGUGUUGUGGGUGGAAAGGUUGAGCUGCUUCGUUCGAGAGGUGAAGAAGGCUACACCAUCCACCAAACACAUCUCCCCACGUCGACCAUCUCAUUCAUCUCCCUCUCCCACAACUCCUCCCUUUCCUCCCUGGCCACCACAUUAGAAGUAGCUCUCUCGUCCCUGGGCGCAGAAAAAGGGUCGCAAAAGGCAAGCUCCGCAGCUUGGGUAGAUGUUUCUAUCCCGGGUUUGUGGGAGCAAGGGGACUUCGGAGGUGCCGUGCCGUGCAGAAGUAUUUGGGACAGAGAGGGGAGGAGGGUGGCGGCUGUGAUGGUUUUUGGAGGCUUUAGAUAG